ACUUGGCCGCUGGUCUGGAGGCAUGGAGCUGUCGUGGACGAUAAAGAAGCCCUUAAGCCUCCUUUGGUUCUAAGCGAAAGAAGAAGAAAACCCUAAGUGCUAGCUGAAAAAGGGUUUUUGGGCCUGGCCAAGCAAGCUUCUUCGCCACCACGGUUUUUUCUAUACACCUCCAUUCUCCUUCAGUUUCUGCUUCUAUUUAGCUUACUUCGUGCACCCAUGUUUUUUAUUUUUUAUACCCCAGUUUCGGGUUUUUGGGCCUGGCCAAGCAAGCUUCUUCCCCACCACGGUUUUUUCUAUACACCUCCAUUCUCCUUCAGUUUCUGCUUCUAUUUAGCUUACUUCGUGCACCCAUCUUUUUUAUUUUUUAUACCCCAGUUUCGUUUGCUUCAUGCACCCUGCUCUUUAUUUCUUAUAAAUUUUUUUAAUGUUUGCAUACUACAAAAAGGUGCAUAGAUAACGCUUAAAGCGUUAUCUAUGACAAUGCUAUCUAUUAAUAGAUAGCCCUUCUAUAAAAAGCGCUAUCUAUUGGUCUAAAACUAUAUAAAUCAGAGAAAGUGUUUGAAACUCUAAUGCUACUAAUAUAAAUUAUUAAUUUAGUAGUGAAAAUAGAGGGAUUCUGAUUUUGUCCCGAGGGUUGUUGAAAAAGGAGUUGUCUAGAGGAUCUGCAGCAACCUGAAAAACGUUGGUGGCUCGAGAGGCGUGGACAUUUCUGCAAGGUUCGGUUUGUUGUCCAACAGAGAAUAACAAAAUUUACAAAAAGCAGACACAUAGUACACCAGUACAACAACAUUAUGUACGCGAACAAAUGGAAAACCUUCUAUACAGACGCACAGAGGCGAAAAUGAAGACAAAACAAUCAACGACUGUGAAACAAGAAAGAGAGACACCUAUAGUCGAGAAAGAACAAAAAAACAGCUGUACUGAUUUCAUAACUAUGGGUGUCUCUUUUUGUUGGUUUCACAGUCGUUGAUUGUUUUGUCUUCAUUUUCGCCUCUGUGCGUCCGUAUAGAAGGUUUUCCAUUUGUUCGCGUAUGUAAUGUUGUACUGGUGUACUAUGUGUCCGCUUUUUGUAAAUUUUGUUAUUUUCUGUUGGGCAACAAACUAAACCUUGCAGAAAUGUCCACGCCUCUCGAGCCACCAACAUUCUUCAGGUUGCUGCAGAUCCUCCAGACAGCUACUUUUUCAGCAGGGACAAAAUCAGAAUCCUCUAUUUUCACUUCUACAAUAAGGUGCAUAGAUAACGCUUUUUAAGCGCUAUCUAAUAGAUAGCGCUUCUAUAAAAAGCGCUAUCUAAUCGAUAGCGCUUCUAUAAAAAGCGCUAUCUAAUCGAUAGCGCUUCUAUAAAAAGCGCUAUCUAUUAGUGUCUAACAAUAGAUAGCGCUUGGAGAUAAGCGGACUCGAACCGUUGACAUCCGCCACAGGGUAAACCACUGCGUCUCAGGCCCCGACUGAUUCUACCAUAGAGGCCAACGAUAGACAAUAACUCUCCCCCGAACACAGCUCACAACUUUCAUCGUACUGUGCUCUCCAAAGAGCAACUCUUCUCAAAAUAUCAAAAGGUGCUGAGUUGGAAUCCCAUUCUAACUAAGGAUUGUUGUGGUUCCGGAGGAUCCAACUACAGGAGAACCGGGAACGGAGAGCUUCCCACGCCCUCUUUUUUUUCGCCUGACUCUUUGCUCUUAAGAAUACUGGUUUUUAAGAAUGAGUGAUUGUCCUUCUUCGCCCCUUACUGUCCAACCUGAGAGCGGAUAGCUAAUGCGUUCCGCUUUUUGAACAGGGUUCUAUGAUCGGUCCGCGACCCCUGGAUGCCGAAGGCAUCCUUGGGGUGAUCUCGUAGUUCCUACGGGGUGGAGAUGAUGGGGUCGGUCCAUGGAUUCUUUUUUCUUUUGGCACAUUUCGCUCAAAGGGUUGAAGGGAGAUAGUGCAUCAAGUUGUUCGCAAGGGCCAGCCUGAUCCUCUUCCCCAGGAUGAUCCCAAAUGAGGAAACCCUAGGAGAGCCACCGACUCCAACUACCGUCCAUGUACGAUCCAUACUAGAUCUGACCAACUGCCCAUCCUACCUCCUCUACGUUCUUGACAGCCCGUCUUUGUCUCAGUAGAGUCUUUCAAUGGCAUGUUGCAGUCCUCUUUCCCAUUACUUAGAAAAAGUUAGCCACCGGUUCAGGUACAAGAUACUAUCAUUACCGCCUGGACAAUUAGACAUCCAACCCGUAAUAGCAACGACCCAAUUGCUAUCUACUGUCUGAGAGCAAUAGAUAGCGCUUAUUUAAAAAAGCGCUAUCUAUUGGUCUAAAACUAUAUAAAUCAGAGAAAGUGUCUGAAACUCUGUAAUGCUACUAAUAUAAAUUAUUAAUUUAGUUAGUUUAAAUAAAAUAUCUAAUAUACCUAAUGUUACUAACAUACUAUAUAUUAUUAUCUUAUAACUUACUUGAAUGCUACGACCUCCACAAACUCUGUAGUUAUCUCAAAGAUUGAUAAACAUGUAAUAUUAGAGAAAUUAUAGGUAGGUGGAACCAACUAAGAAGGUCCAGACACGAGAAAAAGAAAAGUACCUGGCCAACUGCAGAACAAUUGGAACACAAACAAACUAUACAAAGCAAAAAUACAACAAUACAUGUAAAAUGUAGUAACUGAUAGGAUAUAAUAUAAUGGGUGCAAGAUAGAAGGAAACAGUUUAGGAAUUAGUUAAAAGUUGGUUAGCUGAUUGGGUUGCCUUUAUAAGAAGGUAGGGGUUCUUGUGGUAGAAGAUCUUUUGGAUAUUCUUUGUGUGUAUAGGAAGGUAUUCCCGUUGAGGGAGAGUGUUCUAAUUGUUGAGUUUUUCUAAGGUAACUUGGUUGGUACGUGAGUGAAUUUGCAUAUGAGUAUUAUUUGUUAACAUUCUUUUAUGUUUAAUCAGUGAUAGAUUAUGUGAUACGUUUUUAGCUUUCUACAUUGCCCUUAUUACUCUUUUUUAGUUUGGGUUUAUGGGUACACCAUCGCGUUCCCUUUCUUUUACAGACACAGUGGUCAAUGGUUUUUUUGUCAUUGCCAUUGUUGUCCCGUUUUUCGUUAUUUACAUGAAUAAAGAGACUUGUAUAUUUCGGAAUCGCGCAUGUUAUUUUAUUGAUAUGAUUUGCACUUUCUCUUGUAAUUAUCCUGUAUGUGUGGUUGAAGAUAUAUAAUUAUGUUAAUUUGUUACGUCUUCGAAUAUGUCAAAGACGUAACAGAUUGACAUACUUAUAUAUCUUCGGCCACACAUACAAGAUAAUUACAGGAGAGAGUGCAAAUCAUAUCAAUAAGAAAACAUGCGCGAUACCGGAGUAUACGAGUCUUUUUAUCCAUGUAAGUAACGAAAAACCGGAGAACAAUGCUAAUGACAAAGAAAUCAUUCACCACUGUGUCAGUGAUAGAAAGGGAACGUGGUGGUGUACCCAUAAAUCCAAACUCAAAAGAGUAAUAAGGGCCAUGUAGAAAGCUAAAAACGCAUCCCAUGAUCUGUCACUAAUUAAACAUAAACAUAAAAGAAUGUUAACAAAUAAUACUCAUAUGCAAAAUCAUAUAUUCACUCACAUACUAACAUAGUUACCUUAGAAAAACCCAACAAUUGGAACACAAACAAACUAUACAAAGAAAAAAUACAACAAUACAUGUAAAAUGUAGUAACUGAUAUAUAAUGGGUGCAAGAUAAAAGGAAACAAUUUAGGAAUUAGUUAAAAGUUGGUUAGCUGAUUGGGUUGCCUUUAUAAGAAGGUAGGGGUUCUGGUGGUAGAAGAUCUUUUGGAUAUUCUUUGUGUGUAGAUAGGAAGGUAUUCCCGUAGAGGGAGAGUGUUCCAAUUGUUGAGUUUUUCUAAGGUAACUUGGUUGGUACGUGAGUGAAUAUAUGAUUUUGCAUGAGUAUUAUUUUUAACAUUCUUUUAUGUUUAAUAAGUGAUAGAUUAUGGGAUACAUUUUUAGCUUUCUACAUUGCCCUUAUUAUUCUUUUUGAGUUUGGGUUUAUGGGUACACCACCGCGUUCCCUUUUUUUUGCCGACACAGUGGUGAAUGGUUUUUUUGUCAUUGACAUUGUUGUCCCGUUUUUCGUUGUUUACAUGAAUAAAGAGACUCGUAUACUCCGGAAUCGCGCAUGUUUUUUUAUUGAUAUGAUUUGCACUUUCUCUUGUAAUUAUCCUGUAUGUGUGGUUGAAGAUAUAUAAUUAUGUUAAUUUGUUACGUCUUCGAAUAUGUCAAAGACGUAACAGAUUGGCAUACUUAUAUAUCUUCGGCCACACAUACAAGAUAAUUACAGGAGAGAGUGCAAAUCAUAUCAAUAAGAAAACAUGCGCGAUACCGGAGUAUACGAGUCUUUUUAUCCAUGUAAGUAACGAAAAACCGGAGAACAAUGCUAAUGACAAAGAAAUCAUUCACCACUGUGUCAGUGAUAGAAAGGGAACGUGGUGGUGUACCCAUAAAUCCAAACUCAAAAGAGUAAUAAGGGCCAUGUAGAAAGCUAAAAACGCAUCCCAUGAUCUGUCACUAAUUAAACAUAAACAUAAAAGAAUGUUAACAAAUAAUACUCAUAUGCAAAAUCAUAUAUUCACUCACAUACCAACAUAGUUACCUUAGAAAAACUCAACAAUUGGAACACAAACAAACUAUACAAAGCAAAAAUACAACAAUACAUGUAAAAUGUAGUAACUGAUAGGAUGUAAUAUAAUGGGUGCAAGAUAGAAGGAAACAAUUUAGGAAUUAGUUAAAAGUUGGUUAGUUGAUUGGGUUGCCUUUAUAAGAAGGUAGGGGUUCUGGUGGCAGGAUAUCUUUUGGAUAUUCUUUGUGUGUAGAUAGGAAGUUGUUCCCGCAGAGGAAGAGUGCUCCCUUGAGAGUUAGGUGUUGUACCAGUGUAUUUUUUAAUUCCAGAUAGACCUGUCAUUCUAAUCUAAGCCCCUGGGUCGGCGCUGACCUUUUCUAAAGUUAGAUCCUAAUUUUUUGGCAUGACAAGUGAGCACUCAAUUUCUUGUUUUGUUGACAGUGAGUUAUUAUUAGUAUGACAGUGAUGUGUUUCUUCUGUUCUUUUAAUUUUUUAUUUUGCCUUUGGCUUGGUUUUGUGAUUCAAUCUUUUAAGCUUUUGUUAUUCUGCGCUGGAUAAAACGGUUUCGAAGGCGGAUACACUACAUUGUGAAUUAUUCAGUAAGUUUUUAACACUCUGAAAACAGCUCUUUUAUUCAUUUGUAAAUCGCACAUUGUCUUGAAGGCUUUUUGUCAAGUUUCUUCCCAAAAUUGUGAGAGAUGGAUUGAUGGGAUAGUUUCUUGAACUUGUUAACAGGGCAUAUGUUAUUUGGUACUUAUCUACGAAUGCACAUGUUAACAUUAGAAUUUUCUGAAUGUAGAAUCUUCCAACUCUGCUAGAUCUUAUACCAGUUGUUCACUUUUAUUUGCAGCGUCUCAAUUGAUAUAUAUGUAUAUAUAUAUAUAUAUAUAUUUAAAUCCUAAGAACUUUUUCACAACAUCAUUUUUCGGUGCACUUGAACAAAAUACAGAAGAGGGUUUCAGAGAUAUAAUAGACAAACCGUGUCCAGGAAUACAUUUGAUAUGCUUAAUCCACAAUUUCUCCUUAGCUUUGGUUUAUUUUUUUUAUAUAAAUAACAGAGCGAUUGAUGUGAUGGUUGAACCACAAGAAAAUGUUAAUCCAAUCCAAGAGUUAACCUUGAAACAAGAAAACGGUAGUGGCGGGUCCUCUUCAGAACAGAUUGGGGACAAGAAAAAGGGAGGAAGGACGAAAGCUAACCCUGAAACAGAUCUAGCAAAAUCAACUGCUACCGAUUUGGACAGGGUAGUCGAAAAGGAUCCAAGGGAAGUUAGUAGUCCCUCUCAACAAGAAAAUCCGGAUGUGAAUAUAUCUCCAAAGUCGGUCAUGAACAAUGGUGUUGCAUGCGCUUUAACUAAUUCCAAGUCCAUUAAAAAGCAAGAGGAUGCUGAAUGCUCUAAUCACUCUGAAGGUUUAAAUAUAUCUGGUCAUGAGGUGCGUAAUGAUUUAGACUCUGAAAAAGUUGACAACAGUAAUGAUAAGGAAACUGAGAAAAAGCUCAAAAACAACAGCAAGAAAGUGUCCAGUUCCCCUCACGAGGACCAUUUAGUUGAAGCAGCAGGACCUUCAGAGAAUGACAAAGAGGUUGAUGCUAAGACUUUAUCACCAACGGUAUACAACAAUGAAUCUGAAGUUGCUUCUCCACUAAGUAAGAACCUCCAUGGUGGAGGGAAGACGAAAGCUAACCCUGAAACAGAUCUGGCAAAAUCAACUGCUACGGAUGUGGACAGGGAAGUGGUUUCUUCUCCAAGGCCUGGUACAAAAUCAACUAAAGAUGAAAGUUCAGAGGAGACUCCCAAGACAAAUUUGAAAAGGAAACACAGUUCAGGAAAAGAAAAUGAGUCUGAUGUGAAGGACUAUGGUGAAAACCUUGAGGAUUGUGAGUUUUACAAAGGUGUUAUUCAUUUUUCUUAUUCUGGCAAAAAGAAGCGCAAGGUCUUGUACGAUGAUGGUGAUGAAGAAACAUUAAAUCUCGGGAAAGAAAAGUGGAAGUUAAUUGAAGUGCAGAUGAAGAAGGACAAAGUGAACGGAAAAGUCUUGAUGCUUCCACCGAUAUUGCUGGUGAAUCAACCAAGCAAGGGAAAACCAGUGCUGGUGAAUCAACCAAGCAAGGAAAGGUGGAUGGUUCUUCCAAAAGCAGUGGAGCUGCAGCAUCCAGUAGAUCAAAGGGUGCAUCCGUGAAGUCUAGCCAAAAGUCCAAAGAUGGAAACAAAUCCAAAGAUUCCAAGACUAUUAGCAAAUCUGAAGACCGAGUUAGUAGAAAAUCUAAGGACGAUACUCCUAAAAGUGGUAGCAGUAAAAUUGUUGCAGCUGCUGUUAAGAAAAUGAGUAAUAAAUCCAAAAGCUCUGAUACUUCUAAGGCUAACGAAUCAAAGGAUGAUGACACUAGCAAGCCAAAAUCUGCUGCCAAGUCUAAGCAAGAAACUCCAAAAGGUGGGAAAUCCAAGCAAGAAACCUUGAAGUCUGCCAUUUCUAAAGGAAAACCUCGUAAAGGUGGUGGAAAGAGUGAUGUUAAUUAAUGGUACUGGUAAAGUGAAAUCUGGUUUAAUGAAGAGAAAAUAUGCGGAGGAUGAAAACUCAGAUGCUUGAUCAAAGUUGAAAGUUUCAAGGGCAUGACUUAAAGAUCGUCAAAGGCACAAGGAAGUUAGUUGAAGAGGGGAAAGAAGCAUCAAAGAACAUAGAAGUGGGAAUUUAUUCUCACUGUUUAUUCCUUAACUGUAUCAGGUUAGCUGUUCAUUUUGUGGUAAUCAAUCUCGUUGUUGGUAAGUAUUAUUUUCUCAUGUUAAUUAGCUAGGCUAGUUUAGUUGUAGUAUGAGCUAGUAUCCUUAAUCACUUUUACAUUUAUUUCUAGACUAGAGGAUGUUAUUUUUAAGUCAACACUUGAAAAUAUUUACCUAGCAACCUUCAUUUAAAAGAAUGCUUUGGCACACUACCUGAUACUGACGGUUGACUGCUUACCACCUAUCUAAUUAACGUUCUUUGCAUUGCUCGGUGCUGAGCUGUGGUUGUGGUUGUGGUGUUGUUUUGUUUUGUUGAGACAACACGUACAGCAUAAAUGAUGUGGUGGAAGCUAAUGUUUGUACGGUUUAUUUGGUUUCAAUUUGUAUGUUCGAGCGUUCCACAUUUUAGUCA